AAGCCCAUAGACCUAGCUCAAACUACAAACCGGUAGCAGCCGGCGUGAUUCGGUCGCCGGCAGUAUGCCGCUCAAGCUCGCGCUCACCGUCGUUGCUCCGGCGGGCAUGACGUGCGGCAUACUGAAACUCGCCGGCGUCCCCUGGCCAAUCGUCAUCCGCAUCGCCGGCGUCCUGCUCGCCUUCCUCUUCAUCGCGGCGUUGUGCCAGCGCGCGCAGGCCCGCGCUAGGUCGCAACGCCAGCUCCUGCAAGAUCCAGAGGGGGAUCGGUCGUCCAUGGCCGCGCUUCCGCGGGAGCCGGCCGUCGGGCUAGGACAGGCGGCGAUCGCCGGCCUGCCCGUGUACAAGUACGAGAAGCUGAGCUGCGGCGGCGGAGAGGGCCACGAGUGCGCGGUGUGCCUCGCCGAGGUCAGGCCCAAGGAGGUGGUGAAGCAGCUGCCGGCGUGCACGCACCUUUUCCAUGACCGGUGCAUCGACGAGUGGCUCUGGUCUCACAGGACGUGCCCGGUCUGCCGGUCUCCAGUCGACGCCUCCACCGUUCCGGACGUGGAAGUUGCCGCCCGUGCUAUGCAAUCUGUUUAG